CACCGGCCAACCCCUCCAUCUGUAAGUAAGGGCACUGGGCCGCCCUCCACGCCGGGGUGGCCCUGCUAGCCAUCAGCGGGGGAAGCGAAGUGGCUGCCAUGGCGGGGGUGGAGACGAGUUCGUCCUGGGCGUGCGCAUCCUCGGGAAGUCCAUCUGCAAUAUGGGCACCUCGCAGUGACCUCAUAGUGCUCGUCCUAGACUACUCUCCGAAGCCAUCGAGGGAGAAGGUGCCUCAUGGUAAAAGCGUGCCAAGAUUUUCUAGCGCCAUGCUCAGUACAACACCGUGGCUUCAGGGUGGCCGAGUUCGUCGCGACCAUCAGUUAAGAGACCUGCAUCACUGCGCGUGUCGCUACCAUGGCCCCCUUGUGUCACUGCGUGCUUCGUCAACAAGCCUCCUGCACAUGGAAAAGCAACAGGAGUCUGAGAUGCUCUGUUCUAGUGAGGUGGCUGAUUAUGUUAGUUUGUAAUACUUUGGCCGCGGUGUACUUAUGUAUCUUUUUCUGGCCGGAGCACGACCAGAGCUUAUGUCAGUACGAACUUUGAUUGUGAUGGUAAUACAAACUCUAUAGGGUACUUACCUUUUAUACAAUUCACAUGGAUUGUGCCCCUA